UUGUAUAUCAUAAUAGGUUAUUACAGUAUAAUGAGUUAAUGAUUUGAUUAUUGCAGAACAAAUGAAAUGACUAUGAUAUGUAUUCUUACUUACUUUCUGCUUAUACCUUAGAACUUUUGUAUUCCAAGAAGAGCGAAAUGUAAUAAAAAAUUAACUUAACAAGCUUAAAUCUUACAAUAUUGUUAAAUAUUCAUUUGUUUUGAUGAAUGAAAACCCUAUAAAAAGUUCUGCGAAUCACCGACAACAUCCCAAAACGCUUUUAUAAUGAGAAAUAUAGUCAAAAAAAUUAAACAGGAAAAUGAAAUUACAAAAUCACAACAAUUAUUGCAGAAAAAACGCAAACGGAAACUUAUUGAUAGAACACAAUUUUCUUUGUUACUUGAUGAGCGAAAACCAGACAACAUCAAACCACUAUCGUCUUGUUCCAAAUCUGACAUGUUCUAUGACUUGUAUGGAGACUUUGACUCCCUAAGCACUUCUUUAAACCAUACAUUACCGGAAAGAGAAAACAAUACAUGCAAAAAGUUACCACUCAGAAUAGAAGGUGAUGUAAUUAUCUUAGAUAGUGAUGAUGAACCAGAAAUCUCACCAAAUAAAUCAAAACAAGAUAAUACUGUCAGUUAUACGAGUCACUUACCAUCAUUAAAAAACAAUGAAAAUGAUAAUGUUCAUGAAGAUACCAGUGAUGAUGAAUUCUCAAUAUAUAAUGAAAGUACAAGUAAUAUAAAUAAUGUUUUCAAUAAUCAAGCUUCAACAGCAAUUUCUCAUGAUACAAAAACUAGUUUGUAUACCGAACCAGUGGAAUUUCAUAAUCCACAUGAUUUUUGUCCUAUUCCUAGUACUUCUAAAGAUGAAGAAACAAUACUUAAAAAUGAAGAAAGAUUUAAAGAAUAUAUUAGUAGUCUUUGUAUUUCCAAUAGCAAGGCAACUCAUAGUCCUGAAAUUAAAAAAGAAUGUUGUGAACCUAUGAUCACUGAUGAAACUGAUACUCAACAAUUAAUUGAAAAAAAAGAAACUGAAGAUGAUGACACAAAUACACCCAAAAUCAACUGUCCCACCCUGAUCGAUACAAUUAACUUAAGCUAUGUUGACGAUGUUAUUGCUGAAAAUGACUCAAUUUUAAAUAGGAUCCGAAAUAGACACAGCAGAAUUGGCAAAUUAAUUGAAGUACUUAAAACAGAGCCGGAAGAUAUACAUAAAGUUCUGAAUAACUCAAGUAAUAAUGAAGUCACAGUUACAGUAAAUGAUGGGACUACAAAAAUGGAACUGUCUAAUCUUUCUACACCACAGUCCAGAAUUAAUGAGGUGUCAUACAGUAUUGAGAAUAUAGACACAAGCCAAAAUGAUCCUCGUACAAAUUAUGAUAUGCCUCAGGAAUCAUCUAUAGAACAAACAAAUUGCUUAUCGAGAGACAUUGAACUCCAUAUACCAAAUAGUGGAGUGACCAAUAACUCAGUACAUUUGCAAUCACAGAUGCUUAAUGUACUCCCAAUGAAUAUACCAGUUGAUCAAACAACUAACUCAAUAAGUCAAUCUUCUAAUUCACAAAUAAGCAAUUCUGAUGAAAAUUUUAUAACAAAUGAUAAUGUGACUAUAACUUGUAACUGCAGUCAACAAAGACGAAUUAAAAGUUUAUCUCAAACAUCAAACAAUGUUUCGCCUUCAGAGAAAGAAAGUUCUAAUCAAAAUUCAGAACAAAAUGUUAACCAGGAAGAAAAAAAGACUAGUUUCAUUUCUGCAAGAUGUCCAAUUUGCAUGGAAUCUCUUGCUGAAAAGGUAAUUGCUAGUACCUUAUGUGGUCAUCUUUUUUGUAUGCCUUGUAUAAAAGCGGCAUUAAAGUACCCUCCUAAAAAGUGUCCUACAUGUAGACAAAAAAUUACUGGAAUAGGUUAUCACCAGAUAUUUUUAUUUUAAGGAAAUUAUAUUAUAUUUAAAAUAUAAUAUUCUUUAUUUACUAACACUAUAGUAAUGAAACCAGGGUAGAAAUUAUGAUUGGUUAAUUUUUUUGUUAAUUAUACUUGUAUAACUGAAAAAUUGACAGAUCUAAUAUUGAUCACUAUUUCUUCUAUGUUAGUAUAGAAUUAUAAAUGUAAAU